AUGGACGCCAUGUUCACGUUUAGUGAAGAAGAAUUGAAUGCAGUUGCUGUUCAUUCAUAUGACAAUUCAUCGAGUAGUAGUCCAUCAACAUCAGCAAUGCUGCACAACACCAGCGUUGAAAAUACGGGACGAACAACAACACAAGUAAAACGGCCAACAUCAUUGAACGUAUCGAAACCAGCAGAACUUGUUUUACGUGAUUCUACCAAUGCUGGAUGUAAAUCGGAAGGUUCGCCAAUAAAUAGCGUGCAAAAAAGACAACAAAAAAAGAAGAAACGCCGAACAGCUAAUUCAUAUUCGGAUAUAUCAUUUAAUGAUAAAUAUAAAUUAACUGAAGAAUUACUUGGAACCGGUGCACACGGAAUUGUCAAAACGUGUCGCGAUCGAGUAACAAAACAAGAAUAUGCCGUUAAGAUCAUAAGUAAAGCUCGCCAUCCAAAUCGAACGCGUGUAUUUAAAGAAAUCGAUAUUUAUUAUCAUUGUCGUGGUUGUGAAAAUAUUUUAAGCAUUAUUGAUUUUCUCGAGGAUGAUGAUUAUUUUUAUCUUGUCUUUCAAAAAAUGGAAGGCGGGCCAUUACUCAAUCAUAUAAUGAAACGGGGCCGUUUGACGGAACGUGAAGCUAGUUUAAUCGUUCGUGAUAUUGCUAAUGGUCUUAAUUUUCUUCAUUCGAAGGGCAUGUCUCAUAGGGACUUAAAACCAGAAAAUAUCUUAGUUGAACGCGCCGAUUCAUUAGUACCUAUCAAAUUAUGUGAUUUUGACUUGGGCUCAGCUAUUCGUCUUAAUAGUAAUAAAACAACGCCAAUAACAACACCGGAAUUGUCAACACCUGUUGGAUCCGUUGAAUUUAUGGCACCGGAAGUUGUUGAUGCAUGGACAAGUCUUGAAGGUUCAUUACAGAUGUAUGACAAACGUUGUGAUUUAUGGUCACUCGGUGUCAUUAUCUAUAUAAUGCUAUCGGGCUAUCCACCAUUUUAUGGUACAUGCGGACAUACCUGCGGUUGGAGCAAAGGAGAAGAAUGUGAACAAUGUCAAAGUCUUUUAUUUGAACGUAUUCAAGACGGAGAAUUUGAUUUUCCCGAUAAAGAUUGGCAAUUCAUAUCCGAUGGUGCAAAAGAUUUAAUAAAACGUUUAUUAGUUCGUGAUGCAUCAUUACGUUUAACAGCUGCUGAGGUUCUUCAGCAUCCUUGGGUUAAAAAUAGUCAUGAAUUAAAUGAACGACCUUUAAAUACGCCUAUACUUUUACAACGUCAUGAUAGUAUUCGCCGUUUGGAGUCCUUUACAAAAGAUGCAUUAAGUAUAACAAAAAUGAUUGACGAACGUGAGCGUAUGAUAUAUCAUCGAUCGCGCAGUAUUGAUAGUGUACAUCAACGAAGCCGACGAUCAUCUCGUGAUCGUAUUCAUCAACAAACUAUUAAUAGCAACAUCAAUGAUGAUGAUGAUGAGGACUAUGCCGAUGAUGAUGAUGAUUUUGAUGAGUCUGAUUCAAGCGUUACACGAAUAUUAAAACGACGUAUGAGAAAGAAAAAACGACGAGAAAAUAAAAAUCAAACAACUAAUGACGAUGAAGAUAAUCAAAAUUUCGAUAAUUUACGACGACGCUUGUCAAGUGCUACGAUGACAUCAGGCGAUGAAGACGAUUUCUUAGCCUGUAGUUAUAAAACAGUUAUUCAUCGUCCAACAAAACCAGCAGUACAACAAACACCAGCACAUGUACCACCAUACUUUUAUUUAGCUCCAACAGAUAAUCCAACUCAAACAUCAACACCAACAAAACUAUUACCACUUCCACCAUCCCCAAUAGUUCCCGUUCCGACAUCUCCUUUAUCUCUUUUUGUGCUUCCACCACCACCACCUGUUAAUUUACCGAUGCAUCAUCGAGCUCAUACAGAUACAGACCUUGCUUUUUACAAUCAACAACAUCUUCUCUAUCCCGUUCAUUGGUAUCCAGUUCCGUCACCAUAUUUUUAUCCAAAUCAAAAUACUCUACCAGCAAAUUUUGUUUAUGGUCCAAUACAUCCACAUUUUAUUUUACAUCCCGUACCUCAACAACAAGUUCGAAGUUCAUCAGCUGAUUGUCAUCGUACGGCAAAUAACGGCACUGAGCAUCGUGUUGUACAUCCAGAACGGGUUUGGUAG